ACUUUGGUCGACUCGCCUCCACCAAUGGAGAGACUAGCGAAAUGGUCGACGACCAUCCCUGACAGUGCGGUGCAGUCACGACAGGUACGAUCCUUGGGCCACCUUAUGCGUCCUUCGAGAUCAUCUUCCAAGCAGGCAGCCAACAAGCGGCAGUCCAUGGACAGGUCUGUCUCGGUCUACUCUGGUGCAUCUCCAGCGCAAUCGCUAGCAGUCCUGACGGACUCAAAGUGGCAGCCGCUGCAACCAUCGUCUUCUGCCAUCGAUCUCAAUCAGAGCGCACGUGCUGACUGGCACCACAUUGAUAGCAGUGUCGCCUUACACGAUUCUACCACCGAAGCCUUUCCUGACUAUACACGACGCUCUCUGGACACAAGUCGGGCAAGCUACACGCGGACCGCCGUCGCAAGCAAGCGCAUGAGCCGCGUUCAGGGUGUGCCAAGCACCGUCUGCUCCUCCUCGCCCAAAAAGGGAAGCAGGGCCGAGGGACUGGUCCAACAAGGGGCUGUGAGGCACCUGGUCAACAAGAGCAAAUCUUUGGGAUCAACUAUGGACUCUCUCGUCGUCACUGAUUUGGAGGGACGCGCCCAAUUCAUUCGUGUCAUCGAUCUGCUUUGCCCACCGCCCGUGGGUUACACACCGGACGCAUUCGAAGAGCGGGUCGACUUAAUCAAAGAGCUCGUGGACACAGCAUUGGCAAAGAAAGGCAUGAAGUUGAGUGCCGAAAGCAUCUUCCAAACCCUAGAGGGUAAGAUGAACAGACGCCUGAAGACGUUUCUCGAUGCCGGGCUAGUCACAGAGCCGGAGAUUCAGAGCACGAGGAUCUCGCUGGCCUUUGCCCUUGCCAGGCAUCUCUGCGGAGCGUCACCACUCACCAGCUACCUACGACUGUACGCAGGAGUUGGAGAGCAAACAGAUACAGCCGUCUUCUACCCUGGCAUCGGCCCCAUCAUUUCGGUCUGCGACAUUGUCAGUGGAGUCAAGACUGAGUCUCCCACUGAUUCGGUGCAUCUCUUGUACCCGAGCGUGCCGAGCGUGCAGCCCACGCCGCUGUCUUUGGAACGGAACCGCAUCUUGUAUGACCCACGACGAUCCGUGGAAUUGUCACGGGAGCUGGCGCGUGGUGCUUUGACGACGAUUGGCCGACCGCCACCGCCUCGUCCUAUACGCACUGGAAAGAGACCUGGCACGGCAAUUUCCUCGAAGGGGGAGAGGUCUGCAGACACGACGAUCUUCAAGCCCCUGGAGCGGCUGUCAAGGCCAAUGAAGCAGAAGAGUAGCCGCUCUCGCCCGAACACUUCUGACUCAUCCGGACCUCCUCCGCCGGCCGAUCGGGCGCCUGGAGUCGAAGACAGUAUUUUGGGCUCUUCUAGUGCCUCGGGUGGGCAUACUCCUCGACGCGAGGCGUCAGGUGGUCUGAGCGAAGGAGACGAGUCGACACCUGGGUCCGGUGCUGCUUCUAGGACGUUUGUCACGGCUGACACGUCUAUAAUGAAGACGACGGAGCUAUCACGAGAUGCUUGGGUCUGUCAGAGGAAGUGAGCAUGGUCCUAUCCUUGUAUGCGCCUGUGAGCUGUGUGCUGCUGCCUGUUGUACCAUUAGUAAUUGCUGUUCUUGGGUUCAAAUCGAUC